AUGCGCGUGCGUACCGUAUGUACAGGUAGCUACGCUCCUGACUGUCUUCUCCUAGAAGCGACAUGCAACUUUGAUGUAUCUUUGUGCGGUUUCGAGCAAGGGACAGAUGACAAGUUUGACUGGACUCGACGCAAAGGAAAUACACCUUCUGGUACAGGACCUUCUUUUGAUCACACCACUGGAGACAUGACAGGUGAACUGUAAAUUUGCGAUCGUGCGGUAAAAUCUAGAAACUUACUAUAAGGCAGUCCUACUACUAUUAGCAAAGGGAAAUAUAACAUGUAUUAAACUAAUGUAAGAGCAGUCCGCUGCACAUAUUGUUAGUGAAUUUUACAGUCAAAGCGGGUCAAGCGUGCCCCCCAAGAUUCUGUUAAUGAAGUGAUUAUUUGAAAAAUAAAUCCGUUAGUGGUUCCCGCGAUCUUUUGUCAAAUUCACAUCGGCAUUUCUGCAUGCGUAAUGAGUAGUGAAUAUCUAACGAGAACUUCUCUGUAUUAGGUCAGAUUGAAAAUCUUUGAAUAGAUUAUAUUUCUUAGAAGAUAUUUACAUCAAAUUCAGGGAAACUGAGCUGGUAGAAAUUUCGUAACUGCAUGCCUCACGUGUGAAUUCACAGCUCAUUUCGCAUGCAAGAAUGCAGACAUGAAUCUGAAAUCUACAACUACCAACGGAUUCAACUUUCGAAUAAUAAAUUCAUUAAUGGGAUCUUGGGGGGUACGCUUGACCUGGCUUGACUGUAAUGUUGCCAGUUUUUCUACUUUAUGCCACGUCCACUUUCCUUGGUUUAAUUGUCUUUUUUGUUACUUUUUUUAGCUGCCUGCGUAUUUAACUCUUGAAAUUAUCAGGCGAAAAUAUCUAAUUUCGUGCCACUUAGUGCAAUACGAUGACGUUGCAGUCACUCUUUACAUCCGGGGGGGACUUUGUUCAUUUCUUGUAGCGUUUCCUCGUCCUCUCAAAUCCCGAAAGAAGGGCAUCUUAGCACCUUUUUUUAAAGAAGGCACCCUUCUUUGAUCAUUCUCAUUGUAUAAGUCAGGGUCACCUUUUUAAAGUCACAUUGAAACUUUUUUAGUGCGCUCUGGGAUUGGUUAUUUUUUUUCUCUUCUCGCUAUCCGUACACCUUGUAUCCCCUUGUAAGUUAUAGACGUGUGCAUUUAUACAUUAUAUCUUUUCAACAAAAAGCUAGAUGAUGUAACAAAAUUGGACAGUCCGCACUGUCUGGUUAAGUAUUUGCUACUCUAUGUUGAUCUUCAUCUCUUUAAAGGUUACUUCAUGUACAUAGAAGCAUCCAGUCCACGAAAACGAGAAGAUAAUGCAAAAUUGUACAGUCCUCCACUGACAUUCGCAGGGCACAUGUGCCUUGAAUUCUAUUACCAUAUGUCUGGUGUAGCUAUUGGAAGCCUGAAAGUCACCAUAGAUGAAAAAGUAGUGUUCUCUAGAAGCGGCCAUAGAGGAAACAUUUGGUAUAAAGUCAGUAUAAAUGUAUCAGCUAUUGUGGGGUUGCAUUCGGUAAUAAGCUUUUAUUGUUUUUACCUCUCUUAAUCUAACUGAGCCGAGAUCCUCAACGAUAGGAAAACGGCGUCCACUAAAGGUAGUAAUAGAGGAAGUUAAUAGACACUAGGAAUAUUUGAUCAUAUCUUUUGUAAUAAUUUUACUUCGGUUUUGGAGUCUAAGCAGGUUCGAAAUCUUACUUUAGUCAGGAAUUCCUGCUUUUUGAACAUGUCAGUUAAAAAGAAGGUGAAAAAGUUGACUCGAUCGAUCGACUGCUACUAUUAUCAGGCUGCAGCUUAAGCUGUAUCUUACUAUUAGUUUUAAUGUGACACAGUUAAUUAACAAUUAAUGAAUGAGGCUGAGUAUCUUCUGAAGAAUUAUGGAGAUCGAGGAGGGUGUUAUCCGUCGAGGCCGUAGGCCGAGGCGGAUAACACCCUCCGAGAUCUCCACAAUUCUUCAUAUGAUACGAAAGCCGAAUUCAAUAAUUGUUUUAUUAUUCAUUCAAAAUAAUUCCUAGUUUAAAAACAUGGCUAAAACAUGCUUACCUCCAUCGAUCCAUCGAUGUUAAGUUCAUCUUCGAUAGUGGCAAAAUAUUUACCGAGCCAGCGAGGUAAAUAUUCCUAAAGCCACUAUUCACCGAGAUUGAAAAGAAUAAUUGUUUUAGUAUAUACACACGAAGUGAUCUCAACAAAAUCAGAGAGGAAACCAUUAAAAAGUACGAUUUGAUUGACAGAUCAGGUCAGCUAGACAGGCGACAGUUUAAAAAUAGAUCUUUGUAGAAUUUUCAAACAUGGCAAUUCACAAGCUUAUCACUUCGCAAACAACUGUGUAAUGACUUAAAUGGAACCGCUAAAAGUUUGAAUUGUUUCCUUACCUGAGAAGAAAAGAAGAGCUUUGUUGUUUUCUGUUUAUUCGCUAAGUUUAUAGCCGAAAAGGUUUAUUGUGUCGUUCCUCGCAUGAAGUGCUGACAAAAAUGGCGAUUCGGUUCCUCGAGGUAAGACGUCGUCUUCAUGUAGCAUUCUUUCUCGUGUUUACUUGAACGUAGAAUUUCUGCAAACAUUUGCUUUCAAAUUUGUUUGUCAUAAAUAAACUUCGUUUUUGGGCCAAAUUUUUCUUGUUAGGAAACGCUGAAUUCACGAAACGGCCUCUUCUAGGCGAAUAAACGGGAGUUGUAAACAAUCCAUCGACCACAAAACUCAACAACAGUAAAUGGGAAAACGCCGUUUUGAAUCCUUCGAAGUCUUUUCUUGCGUGAAAAAAAGUCUACCCUAGGAUUCUGUCGACUUUUAAAAGAUCUUUCUCUAAGAAAAUGGGAAAAAAACCGAGCUCACACAUUAUCCACUCGCUAGGAGGUGAAUAUUUAACAGUUAAUGAAUGAGGCUGAGUAUCUUAUGAAGAAUUAUGGAGAUCGAGGAGGGUGUUAUCCGUCGAGGCCGUAGGCCGAGGCGGAUAACAUCCUCCGAGAUCUCCAUAAUUCUUCAUAUGAUACGAAAGCCGAAUUCAAUAACUGUUUUAUUAUUCAUUCAAAAUAAUUCCUAGUUUAAAAACAUAGCUAAAACAUGCUUACCUCCAUCGAUCCAUCGGUGUUCAGUUCAUCUUCGAUAGUGUAUGUUUAGGAUUCUCCAAAUAGCAGAUGUCGCCCUUCGAGUUGUCUUCUUGCUGUUCUUGCCAUGUUUUUAGCUAUUUUUUCGCCUAGUUCUUACUCUUGAAACGAGUGGAAUGUCCGCCAUUUUUUCAAGUUCACAACCAAAACAACUCAACCUCGUCCCCAGGUCCUCUCGGUUAAUGGUGCCUUAACCUGCACGAACGCUGCAUUUUUGACGUCAUUUCCUCGUUAAAGUCAAAUUUCUUCCAAAUUUGGUCAUCAGUAACUGGUUAUGAUGAAUUAAAUGUGUGCUUUUAGCCAAUCAGAAUCGAGGAAAUAUUUUGAAUGAAUAAUAAUGUUGAAUAGUCCGAGAUAGCGAACCAAUCAGAUUGCUUAAAUCACCAAGAUCACUGAGUGUGUAUAUACUAAAUAUCAUUCGAUAAUAACAUUUUGUCACUAAUUUCAGUACAACACAUAUUAGUUUCUCUUCAAGUCAGGAAUUAACAGCAGCGCUUUCGGACUGAUUACACCUUUCAUAGAACAGUGUAAUACAGCAGUACACGCCUAAGUAAUUUAUACACAUUUCGAGCCAUUGCAGCGCGGGAUUGAAUGGGUUUUUUAAAAUUUCCUCACGUAUCGUUAUAUUUGUGAGAAAGCUUCGCGUAGUUCAGUAUUGUCUGUUAUUAUAUACAGACGUGAUUAGACUUCACUCACUCCUAUUACCCUGCAGUAUCUAAAUUAUCAGAAUUAUUUUCUUUUAUCACAGGUGACAUUUGAAGGGGUAGUUGGCAACGGUGACAGUGGUGACAUAGCAAUUGACGACUUCUCCUUGACAGCCGGGUCUUGUGCUUAUGGUAGGUAGUUUUGAAAAAGAAACUUCUUUCCAAGAUGAAAAAAAAAUAGUCGUGCCCUAUUUUUGUUAAGAUAUACUUUAUACUUGAGUUUUAUCUUGCAAGCCCGCAGCAGCUGCCGUAGAGGCAGCGCCAAUACGAAAACUGUGCCUUUUGAGAGAGUUAUACGGUAGACCGACUUGACGCGCGACGUCCCUAAGACGGUUACCGAUGGCGCAUCUAUAACCCUGGUCUAAACUCUUGGGACACUAACGCAAUAGCUCGUCAAAUUGAGGCAUCUUCCCUCCCCCCUUCCCCCUCGGUGCAGUGUUGACGUUAUGUAUUCAAGUUUUAAUUCAACACAAUCAACACUGCUUAGGGGAGACGGUGACAACAGAAAUAGCCCCUUAUAACAACAUCCCCAAGCUUUUUUAAGAGGUAGAAUAUGUGUUAAUUUAGCAAAGUACGUCUUUGUGCCUAAUUUCGUCAAGUGUCCCAAGACGUUUUGACCAGGGUUGUAGUAAGUAGACGCCCAGAUUGGAAAGAAAAAAGUGGUCCACGCGGGCGAGCGGUGAGAAAGUAAUCACGCCCCAUCUUGACUCAGUUGUGGGUAUUUACGUUUGUCUUUGGGGACAACAAAAGAUUAGCGUCGGAAGACAAUUAGGACGGCUGUGUAUGAAAAUGAGGAUAAAGACCAGGAAAAGGAUCGAAACUUACUCGUUCAAGUUCUUUCAAUAUGCCUCUGAUAAUAAUUGUCGUUAUAGAAACUUGACAGCAGUUGUAUUUCAUCACGACGGCGCGCGGGAAGCAAUUUCUUUGACGGAUUGAAAAAGUACUGUGGGGUAGGGAAGUGGUCGAGCGAAAACCACCCAUUUCUUUUCAAACCAGAGGUACUAAAAAUAUUCUUUAUAAAGCUAUCUAGAUAGGUUUAUUUUUUAGUGAAAUAUUGAAAAAAGACUGAGCGGAGGGACGGGCCAUCUCUAUUGUUUUUAUGUGUUUGUCUGUGACUGAUUCAUCACUGCCAGUGUUACGUCACAUACUAAAGGGCGAGUGCCAGUCGGGUCGCAUGUGCAAAUUUGCAAGGGACACCGUAGUCAUUCGAA